AUGCCUCCGGCUCUCGUGCGGCGCAACUCGCACAGCCUCGUCAAGGCUCCACCGCCGCCGAGCGACAAGCGGCGCGUCGUCUCACAGGCUCCUGCCUCCUCCGCAGCUCGCCGCAUCCGCGACGACGACGAAGGUGCUGCCGCUGACGCCGGAGCAAGCUCCGCGCGCCCUCCCCGCCGCGUGCUGGUCCAGCGGGCGGUGGCGGGAUUUGCGCGCUCGGCGGACGGCAUGCAGAUCACGCGGCUGCACGGCGCCGCCGGCAGCGCGCCUGGCCCGCCGCGGCUGUCGGUCGACUUUAAGCGACGGCGCGAGAGGGACCAGCGCGAGGGCGUGCGGCGCGAGGAGCUGGCGCGCGUGCAGUGCUUCUCCUUCUCCAAGACCGGCUACUGCAGCCGCACCGGGGGAGAGUGCGGCUAUGCGCACGACCCGGGCAAGGUUGGCAUCUGCCAGGCCUUCCUGCACGGCACCUGCACGGCGCCCGAGGGGUGCUGCGCGCUCUCGCAUGAGCCUAGCGCGCACAACAUGCCCACCUGCCGCCUCUACCUCCUCGGCGUGUGCGACGCCGACGCCGCCACCUGCACCUUUCGCCACGUGCGCUACGGCGACACCAUGCCGUGCUGCCCCGCCUUUGGGAAGGGUCGCUGGUGCGACCGCGGCGCCGCGUGCACCGCGCGGCACGAGAUGUGCUGCGACGAGCACGCGGCGACGGGAGUGUGCCCGCUGGGGCAGCGGAGCGGCCGGGUCUAUGCUGGGAAGUCGCUCUUCCUCUUUGGCGCUCGGAGCACGCCACGCAAGCAGGCAAUCAGCAUCGUUGAGUCGCCACUUUUCGACCCGUUCAUCCUGCUGGUGAUCCUCGGCAACUGCGCCUUGAUGGCGUGGAACUCGCCCUUGGAUCCGCCCGGCACGCAGAAGGCUGCCUUGAUCGGCACGUGCGAGCACGUGGCGCUCGCAAUCUUCACCGCAGAGAUGGUUGUCAAGGUGCUAUCGUUCGGCUUCGUGCUGGGCCGGGGUGCGUACCUGCGGGAUCCGUGGAGCUGGCUCGACUUUGUCGUCGUGAUGCUCGGCAUCGUCUCUUUCUUCGUUCCCUGGCUCGGCAACUUUUCAAUCAUCCGCGCCGCGCGGGCGAUGCGGCCGCUGCGGGCUCUCAAGCGGGUUCCGGGCAUGCCCCUGCUGAUCGAGUCGAUCAUCGCGUCGUUCGGGCAGCUGCUCAACGUCGCCAUCCUCUGCGCCCUGUCCUUCAUCGUCUUUGGCAUCUUCGGCGUAGAGCUGCUCAAGGGCAAGCUGCACUGGCGCUGCGCCGCGCCGGGCUUCGACGGCGUGGGCGACAUGGACUUUCCGGCGAGCGACGAGUUUGACAGCGAAGAGGCGUGCAACCCGGACGCGCCGAGCUGUGCCGACGGGUCCCGCUGCGUCUACUUUGAGGAGGACCCGGGCGCCGACACCGUCUCCUUCGACUCGGUGCUCAAGGCGAGCAUCUGGGCCGCCACGUUCAACGACUGGACGGACCCGAUGUACCUCUCGAUGAACGCGUACUCGCCGUGGGUGCUCGUCUACUUCCUGCCCGUGGUGUGCGUCGUCGGCUUCUUCGUCUUCAACCUCUUCCUCGCCGUCGUGUACGACGAGUUCAAGCGCGGCGCCGAGGAGGAGGAGCGCAAGACGGCCGAGCAGUCUGAGGAGGACAGGGAGGCGGCGGAGGCGACCAACCACCCUAGAUCACCGAGCGACGACCGACUCGGCCGAGCCGCUCCUCGUACCGGCCGCGGCCGAUCCCUCGCGGGCGCAGCGGCGGCCGACCUCUCGCUCUGCGGGCGAGUGGCGAGGUCGGAAGCUCUGAACCGCGUCUCGACUGCUCUCGUGGUCCUCAACCUCGUGCUGAUGUGCAUGCCGUAUGCGGACCAGCCGGAGGAGUACGAGAGGGCGAUCGACCAGGCCGAGAAGGUCAUCUCGUUGCUCUUCAUCGUGGAGAUGGCGCUCAAGCUGCUCGGCCUGGGCUGCAGCGGCUACUGGAGCGACAAGUGGAACAAGCUCGAUGGCACCAUCGUGCUCCUCACCUCCGUGGACCUCGUCCUGUCGGCCACGGGGACGAAGGUCGGCGUCAACGUCUCCUUCUUUCGCAUCCUGCGCGUCGCGAGGAUGUUCCGUCUGAUGAGGGCGUGGCCGGCGCUGUACCAGGUCUGUUCGGCGCUCGUCGGCUCGCUCUACCAGAUCUCCAACAUCCUGAUCCUGUUCUUGAUGAUGAACGUCAUCUUUGCGCUGCUCGGCAUGCAGCGGCUCCGCAUGCAGCUCUUCGGUGGCAAGCUGCCGCUCGACGACGGCGAGGUGCCACGGCAGCACUUUGACUACUUCAUGCCGGCGAUGCUCACCACCUUCAUCGCGAUGACGGGCGAGUGGAACGAGACCUUCCAGGCUUGCGCCGAGGGCGGCGGCUUCUGGGCCGCCAUGGGCUACUUCACCGCCCUCCUGCUGGUGGGCUUCCUGGUGCUGGCCAACCUCUUUGUCGCCAUCCUCGCCGAGGCCUUCUCGCUGGACGACGACGAGGAGGGCGGCGGCGGCGAGGCGGAGGAGGCGCGCGGCGGCGACGAGGGCGCGGACGGGGCGCCGGCCGCUGCGGGCGGUAUGGUGACCACCGCAGGUGGGCAGGGCUGCGUGCGCGACUCGUGCCUCGCGGUGGUGACGCAGCCGUGGUUCGAGGGCGUCAUCCUCCUCCUCAUCUGCGUCUCCUGCGUCACGCUCGCGCUGGACACGCCGCUGCUCGACCCGGCGUCCGACUUGGCGUGGUGGCUCAAGAUGACGGGCGCGUUGACGACGUCGUGUUUCGUGCUCGAGUGUGCGAUGAAGGUGCUCGCGUAUGGGCUCUGCGCCUACCUGAGCGACGGGUGGAACGUUCUCGACUUCUCCAUCGUUAUCGUCUGUGUGGCGUCUUCGCCGCUGGUGGUGUCUGCGAUCCCGCAGCUCAGCCACCUCAGCACUCUCAAGACGCUGCGCGCGCUGCGCCCCCUCCGCAUCGCGGGGCGCAACCCGGGGAUGCGCCUCAUCAUCGAGACGAUCCUCAAGGCCCUCCCCGCGAUGACCUCCGCGCUCGCGGUGCUGGCCGCCUUCCAGGUGCUGUUUGGGAUUCUGGGGAUGCAGCUUUUCAUGGGCUCGCUUGGUGCGUGCAACCUCGACGAGGAGGCCGACUACGAGAGCUGCAUGUCGAUGUCACCCGACGAGGACGGCACCGCGCCGGCCUGGGUCAACACGAUGGCGGGCUCCUUCGACGACUUUGGGCAGGCGAUGCUGCUGCUGUACAUCACCUCCACGGGCGAGGCCUUCAAUGACUACAUGUUCGCGCAGAUGGACGUGGUCGGCUUCCGCAAGCCGCUCGAGCGCGACGACUACUCAGCGUACUCGCUCUUCAUGAUUGCGUGGCAGCUGAUUGGCAACUUCAUUGCGAUGAACCUCUUCAUCGGCGCGAUCGUCGACAACUUCACCAAGGUGCGCGGCGUGACGCCAGACUCGCCGCAGCUCAUGACGCCAGCGCAGGCGCAGUGGGUGAAAACGAUGCAGCAGAUUGCCAAGAAGAAGCCGCGGCCGCGGGCGCGUCCGCCGAGCAACCCGCUCCGCGCCGCCGCCUUCCACCUCGUCACGUGGAAGCUCUUUGACCUCCUCAUCAUGGCCAUCAUCCUCGCGAACGUGGGCGUGAUGGCUGUCGACUACUGGGGCAUCGAGAACGACCCGCUCGUCUUUUGGUUCUACAACGACUCGAACGACAUCUUCAUCGCCAUCUACUACAUCGAGUGCGUCCUCAAGAUCGCCGCCCUGGGCGGCGCCUACUUCGCGGACGGCUGGUGCCGCUUCGACUUUUUCCUCGUGUGCAUGUCCCUGCUCGACGGGCUUGCUGUGUACGUGCUGCCCGUGCCGCCGACGGUGAUCCGGAUGCUGCGCAUUCUGCGCCUCCUCCGCAUCUUGCGGCUGCUCAAGAAGGCGGAGGGCGUGCGAGAUCUCGUCAUCACGAUGGCGCUCUGCUUCCCCGCGCUCGUCAACGUCUGCUCACUGCUCUGCCUCCUCACCUUCAUCUAUGCCGUGGUCGGCGUGCAGCUCUUUUGCUUCACGGGGCUGGACGACGCAGAGGGCAUCACCGAGGACCGCAACUUCGCGGGCGUCGGGAACGCCUUCCUCGUGCUCUUCCAGUUCAUCACCGCGGACGCGUGGGGCGACGUGGUCUUCGACCUGAGUGUCACCGAGGAGGACGGUUGCACCGCGGACGGGGCGGCCUUGCCGUACUCGGACGAGAGGGUGUCCAACUGCGGCUCGCCGCUCGCGUCCAUCCUCUUCUUCUGCUCCUUCAUGGUGCUCGCCAACUUUGUGCUGCUCAAUUUGAUCGUGGCCGUCAUCCUGGAGGAGUUCGCGCUCCUCUCGGAGCAGCGGCGCGACCUGGUGUCGGCGCAGGACGUGGAGCACUUCAGCGACGUGUGGUCGAUGCACGACCCGGACGCGGACGGCCUCAUCCCCGCCGCACAGCUCCCCCAGUUCCUAUGCGACCUCGGCCCUCCCCUAGGGCUCGACCCAGACUACUCGACGCGCGGCUCGACCGUCGGCUCCGCCCCGCUCAAGCGCGCCACGCGCAUGUGCGUCCGCGCGGGCCUCAAGCGCCGACCGUCGCAAAACUCGGAGCCACAGCCGUACGCUUUCCGCGACGUCUUCGACAAGCUGGCCCUGCUGAAUGCGAGCGAGAAGCUCGAACAGGACGAGACGCGGCGACUUGGAGUCGACGGGACGGACGUCAAGCGGCAGUCGAGCGCCCGCGCCAUUCAGCUGCAGUGGAUCGAGAACUUGCAGUCUCGAGGGGAACCAGGCUCCGCUCGGUCGUUCCCCGCCAUUCGUCAUGUGGUGGAGGCCACAGCCGCGAGCCGAGUGCAGGCGGCCGCGCGCGGGAGUGGGGGUCGGAGACAGCUCGAGAGCAAGCGCAACAAAGCCAACGACGAGCACGACGCCGCCGUCCACAUCCAGCAGGCGUGGAGGAGCGGGCUGAGCAGGCGGUGGCAUCGUAUUAUCUCAGCGGUCACGCGGAGCAAGUGA